AUAAUAUUUAUAUUUGUAUGGACAGAAUCGGGAUCCUGUUAUGGUUGUAGUUUCCUCCUAGAGCAUCAAUUUUCCCAAUAAUUUCACCCUUCUUAUAAUCCUUCAUAUCUUUUUUGUGAUUUCAAUUCAAUGGAAACCCGAAUCUUCCUUUUCUUACUACUCUUCUUCACCCUUUACCUUUUCGCUUACUUUCGUGUUUUCCGUAACUGGGUCACCAAUGUCCGACCCGAAGCUUCCAGUUGCUUCAUCUCGUUCUUCCAUGGCACUCCCGCUGUUAUUUUAGCCUCCAUCGCUAUACACGGCGACAAAUCCCGGGGUUUCUCCUCUCCCAAUACCAAAACUCAGAAUCUAGUUCUGGAUUUUAGCAUUGCCUAUUUCAUCACCGAUCUCCUUCACUACCUUGUCUUCUUCCCUCACGAUGUUCUCUUCAUAGGCCACCACUUGGCUACUCUCUUCGUGUUUGUAACCUGCAGGUACUUGGUGGCUCACGGCGCCUUUGCUAUUCUUGGGCUGUUAAUACUGGCGGAGGUCACCAGCGCGUGCCAGAACACAUGGACCUUGGCUAGCGCCAGACGGCAUGACGUGGAGUUGGCGGGUAAAGUUUACCGUGCAUUAUCGCCGCCGUUUUACGCGUUUUAUAGUGUGGCUAGAGGGGUUUUUGGGCCGUUGUUUGUUUAUGAAAUGUGUGUGUCGUUUAUGAGUGGGGCGGCUGAUAAUGCAAUUCCUAAAUGGGUUUGGAUUUCUUGGAUGGUUGUGAUUGUUUCAGCUAUUUCUGUUAGUAUUUUGUGGAUUUCGAGACUGUGGGUUCAAUUGUAUAGAGAAAGGAGAGCUUUGGAUAAGAAAAUUUCAUAGAUAUAUUCAACUUUUAUUUAUUACAUAUAAAUAUAAAGGAAAACAAUAUUAUUUAUUUUGCUUUUA